GGAGGAAGCAGGAGCUUGUGGCCACCGCCAAGCGCCGAGGAAGCAACACGUGCCGCGGUGGUGGCGGAUCGCUCGGCUUGGAGGCUCCGGGGAGCUGCGCCCGGUGACGAGGGCGAAACGGGCGCGCGCGCUCCCCGCGGCGCUGCGGAGACGCAGAAGGGGACGCUGCCUCCGCUCGGGCCAGCGGGUUUCUCCCGCCGUUGCUACGCGAGGACCGCGGAGGAUGGCCGAGAAACUGGCCCCCCCGGGAGAGCUGUUCCUGCGCAAGGGCCGGGAGUCGGUGGUCUCGCUGGAGAUGGACCGGCUGGCCCCGGGCGAGGAGUCCUCGGACAGCGAAGGCGAGCAGGAGGGCGGCUCCCACAGGCUCAUCCGCAAAGUCUCCACCUCGGGCCAGAUGAGGGCCAAGAAGAGUGUGAAGGAGGGGCUCUUGUUGAAGCAGACGAGUUCUUUCCAGCGGUGGAAGAGAAGGUUCUUCAAGCUGCGUGGCCGGACCCUCUACUAUGCCAAAGAUUCCAAGUCACUGAUCUUUGAUGAAGUGGACCUGUCAGAUGCCAGCGUGGCAGAAACCAGCACCAAGAACAUCAACAACAGCUUUACGGUGAUCACCCCAUUCCGAAAACUCAUCCUUUGUGCAGAGAACCGGAAGGAGAUGGAAGACUGGAUCGGGGCCCUGAAGUCUGUCCAGAAAUGGGAAAUCAAUGAGGCCUCCCAGUUCAACAUGGAGCACUUCUCCGGCAUGCACAACUGGUACGCCUGCUCCCACGCCCGACCCACCUUCUGCAACGUCUGCCGAGAGGCUCUGCCCGGCGUCACAUCCCACGGCCUCUCCUGUGAAGUGUGUAAGUUCAAGGCCCACAAACGCUGCGCAGUGAGAGCCACCAACAGCUGCAAAUGGACCACGCUGGCCUCCAUUGGUAACGACAUCAUUGAGGACGAAGACGGGGUGGCCAUGCCCCACCAGUGGCUGGAGGGGAACCUUCCGGUAGGUGCCCGCUGUGCUGUGUGUGACAAGACUUCUGGCAGUGUCCGGAGGCUGCAGGACUGGCGCUGCCUCUGGUGCAAAACUGUUGUCCACAGCACUUGCAGGGAGCAGCUGGGCAAGAAGUGUCCCCUGGGCCAGUACAAGGUCUCCAUCAUCCCCCCCACCGGCCUCAACAGUAUUGACUCCGAUGGAUUCUGGAAAGCCACCUGCCCCUCCAGCUGCUCCAGCCCCCUUCUGGCUUUUGUCAACUCCAAGAGUGGGGAUAACCAAGGGGUGAAAUUUCUGCGCAAGUUCAAGCAGUUCCUCAAUCCAGCCCAAGUGUUUGAUCUCAUGAAUGGUGGGCCACACCUUGGGCUGCGGCUCUUUCAAAAGUUCUCCACCUUUCGGAUCUUGGUAUGUGGCGGAGACGGCAGCGUUGGCUGGGUCCUGUCGGAAAUUGACUCACUGGGACUGCACAAGCAGUGCCAGCUUGGCGUCCUGCCUUUGGGCACCGGGAAUGACCUGGCCCGGGUGCUGGGCUGGGGCAGCCUCUGCGAUGAUGAUACGCAGUUGCUGCAGGUUCUGGAGAAGUUGGAGCGCGCCACCACAAAAAUGUUGGACCGGUGGAGCGUCCUGACCUACGAGGCCCCCAAGCAGUCGCCCCCCACCCUCGAGGAAGACGAGAGCGAGAAUCCCACCAUCCAGGCUCAGAUCUCUCACUAUGCUGACUCAGUGGCCCUCCACCUGGCAAAGAUCCUGGAGUCCGACAAACACUCGGUGGUGAUCUCCUCGGCAAAAUUCCUGUGUGGGACAGUGAAUGACUUUGUAGCUGAUGUGGGGAAGGCUUAUGGACGGGCAGCUGACAACAAGCAGGAAGCGGCCAUCAUGGCUGGCAAGUGUGCCACACUGAGUGAGAAACUGGACUCGCUGGUCCGCGAGCUGAAUGAGGAGUCGCAGGCCAUCGUGGUCCCGGAAGGCCGCUCUGCAGCUCCCGAGGUCAAGGAGCAGAGCCCCAUCCAGCCCAGCCCUCGGCCUCCUCGCAUCUUCAAGUCUAAGGAGCAGCUCAUGCUAAGAGCCAACAGCCUCAAGAAGGCGCUGCGCCAGAUCAUCGACCAGACGGAGAAGGCGGUGGACGAGCAGAACAAGCAGACCCAGACCUACCGGAGCCUCUCGGUGGCCAGUAAGAAGGACAGUGGUGAGGACUUCAACAAGGAGACAGAAGCACCGAAGUCCCGCCGUGAUACAGUCAUCUCCACCACUUCCUCCCUCUUCCUGGAUCAGCCUGAGCACUUCACCCCUACCCCCUUCUCCGAGGACCCCGAAGCUGUACAAUUUUCUGAAAGGUGUGUCAUGAAUAACUACUUUGGCAUCGGCCUGGAUGCAAAGAUCUCCCUGGAAUUCAACAACAAAAGGGAUGAGCACCCAAAGAAGUGCAGCAGCCGCACCAAAAAUAUGAUGUGGUACGGGGUCCUGGGAACGAAGGAGCUGCUGCAGCGGACCUACAAGAACCUGGAGCAGCGGGUCCAACUUGAGUGCGACGGGGUUCCCAUUUCCUUGCCCAGCCUGCAGGGCAUCGCCGUGCUUAACAUUCCCAGCUACGCAGGCGGCAUCAACUUCUGGGGAGGCACCAAGGAAGACAGUAAUUUCGGAGCUCCCUCCUUCGAUGACAAGAAACUCGAGGUGGUGGCUGUUUUCGGGAGCAUCCAGAUGGCAGUCUCUCGGGUCAUCAAUCUGCAGCACCACCGCAUCGCCCAGUGCCGGAUGGUGAAGAUCACAAUUCGGGGAGACGAAGGGGUCCCAGUGCAAGUGGACGGAGAGGCCUGGAUACAGCCCCCAGGCGUGAUCAAGAUCCAGCACAAGAACCGUGCCCAGAUGCUGACCAGGGACAGGGCCUUUGAGAGCACCCUGAAAUCAUGGGAAGACAAGCAAAAGGGGGAGGCCUACCGAGCCCCAUCCCGGCUGCGGCUCAGCUCCCAGCAGUCCAUGGAAUACCUGACGGAAGAGGAGGCAGCUCAGAUGCAGCAGCUGGUCCGAGCCACCGAAACCCUCAUUAGCAGAAUACGAGAGGCCGCCAAGUCCCGUAAAGGCAUGGAGCAGGAGUUGGCACACGCCGUGAACAGCAGCUCACUAGCCCUGAGCGAGGUCUUGGCCUGCAAAAACAGCAGUGGGGCUCCAGAGCUGAUUAGCCGGAGUACAGCUGUGGAGGUGUCCGUCAGUGUGAAGGCCUUGUGCACCGAAACCCAGGCUUUCCUGGAAGGAAAGCAGCAGCUGGAUUCUCCCCAUCAAGAGGACGCCAUCCACCAGGCCCUGGGCGCUGUCAGCCAGGAGUUGCAGAGGUUCUCUGAUGUCCACUGGAUGGCCCCCGUCUCAAGCUCAGUUGAGGAGGUCAUGGGCCCGGAGGUUCCUGGGGGCAGCAACAAGGGCAGCCUGAAGCUACGGAUUAAUCUUGCCAAGCCCAAGAAGGAGAAGCUCCAAAAGCAGAGGUCUGGCGGGUUCACCCCAGUGGACAGUUGGGGCCCUGAGGAGGUGGCCGCCUGGUUGGAGGCGCUGGAUUUAGGGGAAUACAAAGAGCUUUUUAUGCGCCAUGACAUCCAGGGCUCUGAGCUGAUGCUGCUGGAGAGGAGAGACCUGAAGGAACUUGGGAUAUCAAAAGUGGGCCAUGUGAAGAGGCUCCUCCAGGGAAUUAAGGACCCUGCCGGGCAGCAGUAGGGAAGGUCCUCCGAGGGAGAUGGCUUGGUGGCCGUCAUCCAUCUUCACUGUGUCCACCGGGGUUGCCGGGCCUCACCAGCACCGGGCCAAGGUCUUCUUGCAAGGACCCCUGGAGUUUACAUUUCCACAUUUUGCCAAAGAUGAUGGCUGUGCUUGCCCUUCCUGGCCUCCACGUCUUCUGGCCCCUCCGUGUGGCAGCUGCUGUGGUCACCUUCCUACGCUUGAAUUGUGCUUCUUUCCAUGCAUGCCAUUGUUCCCGGGACACAAGGGGGCUGUCUUCAACACACCAGUGGAUGCGCCGCACUCGGUUUUGUGUCAGGGCCGGGGAGGCUGAUGGCACUUGGCUGGGGUGCCAUCUGGAGUGCCUCCAACACCCUCUUCUUGAGGUGCCACUUUCAGAGUUGGGCAAGGAAAGCUGUCUUUACUGGCAAUAGUCACCCAAGCAAUUCCGCUUUUCCAGUCGGUCCACGGGAGCAAGGGUGCCCCUGAGCAAGAGCCUAAGGCCUCUGCCUUUGCUGCUGACCCCCUGCCCAACCAGCCCUUCCCCCCCCCCCCAUACACACUUCUGGCAUUGGCCCCACUGACAUCUUUUUCUCACUGGUCCCUGAAGCUCCCUGGUGGCAUCCAGGAGGCAGUUCAGCAGACCAAUAAUUCCAAAUCCAGUUUUCUUUCGUGAUCUGGCGUCUAAACUUUCUAAAGUUUAAGCUGAAGCCAUUCCUUAUGAGGCAGAGGGUUCCUUCCCCAGACACACCUCAUGUUGCUGUGAAGGCCCCUUGGAGAAGGGAAAGCAGGAAGCCCUUUGGAGGCUGCAAUUGGAGCCGCCCCUCCCGCCUGCACGGCAGACUGGGCCCUGUGGGGCCAGCUUGCCUGCCCUUGUGCCCCUCUCCCCACCUCCUGCUCCCUCUGCAUCUUUGCCUCAUUGAUCCAAUCUGUUGGAAAGUGUGAUAAAAAUGUACAUACCUUGGAAAGAAGAUAUUAUUUAAAGAGUAAUAUAUACCUUAAUUUAUUUCUCACCUGUAUUGCGCAAAUGCACUUUGGAAUCUGUAUGUAGAGCCUGCAGCUUUCUGGGAGAGCCCCUCAGCCACUACGGGCCGCCCUGGUGUGGAGGGGCUGCCCAGGGCGUGCCAGAUGACUGCCCAGGGGCAGAGACCAACCAACUCCCCCCACUGGUAGUGUUUGAUCAGCUCCUUAAGUCAGAGCUGCAGGGGAAGCUGCCUUGUCCGCACUGGCACUUGGGGACAUGUUCCUAUUUUGGCUGAGACAGCAGCCCUCAUGCCUUGGCCUUCGCAGCCUGGUUUCCAGCCAAGGGUUGGCACAGCCACUGUUGGCCUUGGAGGGCAGCUGCAGGGACAGGUUGCUUCUGCCACACCAAGUGGGCCGGCAGGCAGUGGGGCCAGAUCUUCCCCAUGUUGGUCGUGUGUGCACAGCUGGGCGGGGCCCCUCUGCUGGGAGCUGGUUGUCAUUGUGUCUCCAUGUGCAACAGUGAUUUUACUGCAUGAGUACAAGGAGUGGAGACGUUGGCAUCUCCCUUUCUGCUGCAAAUGAACCAACCAGCUCGGUUCUUGGGGCACAGCAGCCGGUCUCCUUUGCCGACAGGCACGGCGAGGAGGAAUGCCCAAGGAAAGUAGUAGGGUUGGGAUUUGCCAAGCAGACGGAAAGAGAUGCCACCAUGGAGGAUUUGCCUGUGGUUGCCUAGAGGCCCAGAAUGAUGGGAAGAAAACCUAGAGUCACCACCCAGUGGAGUCUCUGCGCCCCUGAAAAUGGGGCAAUGGGCCAACUGAGUUCUUCUCCAGCGGUGCGUCCUUUGGCUACUGUGUCACUUGGGCAUUACUCGCUGCAGCCUAGCAAAAUUGGGAGUGGGUGCUAUCAGAUGUCCAUUUAAUCCUCCUCUGCAUUUCGGCUGCUCUUCCCUAUAGCCUGAUAGGGGGAGAGAGACGGGAGCCACUUCCAGUGCACAGGAUGGAAGUGGGAAAAAUAAGGGAAUGUGAAGUACUGUUCUUAAAAUUGGGGGAAAAGACCCUGGACUGUGGUUCCAAAUUCCAGACAUCACGGUUGCAAAAAUAAAUCUCAACAUGGAUUUGA